AUGUUGAAGCAGUUGCAUAUCAACAUCCCACUUGUAGAGGCACUUGAGCAAAUGCCUAACUAUGUGAAAUUCAUGAAAGAUGUUCUUACAAGGAAGGGAAGGUUAGGAGAGUUUGAAACCGUGGCUCUAACCAAAGAGUGUAGUUCAUUUCUACAAGACAAGUUGCCACCAAAGUUGAAGGAUCCUGGGAGUUUCACUAUUCCCUCAAUUGGGAUUGGAGAAGUUAGGCCUACUACAGUUACUCUUCAACUAGCAGAUAGAUCUCUUGCUCAUCCGGAUGGGAAGAUUGAAGAUGUAUUGGUGAGGGUAGACAAAUUCAUAUUCCCUACUGAUUUUAUUGUGCUAGACUAUGAGGCGGAUAGAGGCCAUUUCUUGUGA